UUUACACUUUCUAAGUUUUUGAACUUGGGACAGACGAUCUUUAUAAAAACAUGGCAAACUCUUGUCUCCAACUGAGCGGAUUUCUCCUCAGUAGCCUCGGCUGGAUUGGCAUUGUGAUUGCUACAGCUACAAAUGACUGGGUGACGAUGUGCAAAUAUGGCCUGAACACCUGCAAGAAGAUGGAUGAGCUGGUUUCUAAAGGACCCUGGGCGGACUGCGUCAUCUCGACAGCACUAUACCACUGUGUUGCCCUUACUCAGAUCCUUGAGCUGCCAGCUUCCAUUCAGACGACCCGUGCCCUGAUGAUCAUAGGGUCCAUCCUGGGUCUCCCUGCUGUGGGGAUGCUCCUCAUGUCCAUGCCCUGCAUCAGUCUGGGCAACGAAGCCCAAAGCUCCAAGAACAAAUGUGCCAUUCUGGGAGGAGUACUGAUGCUUCUAGUUGCCAUGUGUGGAAUGGUGUGCACCAUCUGGUUCCCCGUUGGUGCCAACCAGGAGCCCGGCCUCAUGGCGUUUGGCUUCUCCCUUUACACUGGAUGGGUCGGCACGAUUUUAUGCCUGCUGGGUGGACUGGUGCUCAUCUGCACUUCAAGUUCGUCCUCCUCUUCCUCUCGCUCCUACCAGGACAACAACCACUUUUACUACUCCAAACAAGGAGGUGUCAACCUGCCCCCUGCCGCCUCAUCCAAUCAUGCCAAAAGUGCCCAUGUCUGAGACUGGGGGCACUGCAAGUCCUAUCCAAAUAUAUAAAGGGACCUUGAGGUGUACUUAGAGACUAAGGCAUUAAAGGAAACACACACACAUAAAUCAUAUUCAAUCAGGUCUGUGUUAUCUGUGAUCUUUUAAAUGAUUUUUGAAAGGGAACGAUUAUUUUAUCUAUUGUAGAUACAUUUUUGCACACAUUGGAGAAAUACAGUUUCAUUCUGA